CAUUUCCCAAAAGCUGAGCAUAUAUAAAGGUGCCUGUGAAGAGAACUGGGGGUUAGUCUGGGAAAGUGUAGCUUACUGGAAUUGUGAUAGAGGAGGAGUUGCUGGACUUUUUUGGGACAUGUCUGUGAAAGUUUGAGGGUUUAUCCAAGAAGGGUCAAGCUCAAGUUCUGAUUUUAGCCUGCUCUCCUGCCUCCUGGUUUGUGCGUCUGUCCCGGACGAGGGGGCGGUGGGGUGGCGUCACGUCAUAUCAGCCGCCGCGCUCUGAUUGGCUGCCGAUUCUCACCCGACACAGCUGUGAUUGUUUUCUGCAGAGGAAGCUCGUGUCCCUGGAAAACAAGGAGGAGGGUCUCCGGUUUAAUCAUUUGCGAGGCGCGAAUGAACAGGAGAGGAGGUUUCUGUUUGGACCAGACACCGAAGACGUCUGGAGAUCAAGCCCAAAAGUGCCAAAUGCCCAGACUAGAGGACCACUGCUGGAGCUGCUCCUGUGCAUCAAGGGUAGAAACUAAGCAUCCAUCAUCUGUAGCAAACUGGUUGGCAUCCAAAGCUGAAGAAAUGAUGUCCAUCAUCACCUCGGUGCUCAGCAAUGCCUACGGCUCCCUGCACGAUGUCCGGACGGCCAACCUGAUCCGAAGGGGUCUCGUCCUCUUCACGGUCGGAGUCUUCCUCGCCCUGGUGCUCAACUUGCUGCAGAUACAAAGACAUGUCACCCUGUUUCCCGAAGAGGUGAUGACAACUUUGUUUUCGUCUGCCUGGUGGAUCCCACCUUGCUGUGGCACAGGAGCUGCUGUUGUUGGCCUGCUGUAUCCCUGCCUCGACAGCCAUUUGGGAGAGCCGCACAAGUUUAAGAGGGAGUGGGCCAGCGUCAUGAGGUGCAUAGCCGUGUUCGUCGGCAUCAACCACGCCAGUGUUAAACUAGACUUCGACAACAACGUGCAGCUCUCCCUAACACUGGCGGCCUUGUCCUUGGGCCUGUGGUGGACCUUCGACCGAUCCAGGAGCGGCUUUGGCCUGGGCAUCACCACUGCCUUCCUAGCUACUGUGAUCACACAGCUGCUGGUCUACAACGGAGUCUACCAGUACACAUCUCCAGACUUCUUGUAUGUACGCUCCUGGCUCCCUUGUAUAUUCUUCUCAGGCGGUGUUACUGUGGGAAACAUAGGACGCCAGCUUGCCAUGGGUGGUGUUGAGAAACCCCACAUGGACUGAACAGUGGAAAAUACAGAAAAACCAGGCGAAAGACACCCGAUGCAAAAAUAGACUAGUUAUGUGAAGAACGAGGAGGACGACAGGAGAGAAAAGACUCAUUGUUUCGACUUCAUCUGUUGUUCUCAUAACAGAAGUGCGGGUCAGAAAAGCCCCUCAUCUAACGUGCCAUGUCCUCUGCACCUCCUCAUGGCCAAACAACCUCUCCCUCCCACCUCUGUUGUACUCCAUCAUUAGCAUUAAGGCUUCCCUGCCUUUCAUUUUGUCGUUUUUUGUUUUGUUUUUUUUUUUUGAAGUGAACUGUUGACUGGUUUUAUUUUCAUGCUGGAAGUGUGUAUCUUCCUGCAGUUAAUGGAGUGGAAGCGUGCGUGUGCUUUAGUGUGGAUGUAUCUUGGUCUUAGCAGAGAAGACAUGCAGGGGGUGCUAUAAUGUCUGUUUUUUCAAUUAGCCUGAAUUAAUAUGAUCCUAAAAGGGAAUUAUUGUAUGAGUGGGCAUAAACACUGUCUUUACUCUCACGUAGAAAUGUAUUAAGUGGACGUAGUGGUACCACUGUGGCACAAGGGGAGAUGUAUGUUCCCAAUCAAACCAAAUUAAGUAUUUAUUUUGUGGAUUCUUGAAUGACCCCAAACCAAAUGUACUGUAUGUUUCAUAAUGAAUGAUAAUUCCCAUUUUGAGAAAAAUAGUUCGAUAGUUUGGAAGGAAAACUUUGAUGUUUUUGGAAAUACGCUUCUUGUUAGAGGGAAAGAUGAGAGGAUUGAUAUCGAUCUACUCACCUAAGUGGAGCUAUAAAUUUAAAGUGACCAUGAAACACUUAAAUGCAUGGAAGUGCCAAUUAAUUUGCUACCAGUCUGUACUGGCCAAUAUUCACCUGUAUAUAGGACUUGAGAGAAGAUAUAGGACAACUGAUAAGAUAUUUGGAGUGGAAAAUUCUCAAUACAAGUUAUUUACCUGUGAACAGUAUCGCAUUCACAGCCACCACUCAGCACAAGAUCACAUUGUCAUUUUUAAAACUACUCUGAGACCUUCAGUAUGUUGUUGUGUCUGUUUCUGAGUAGUCUCAGACAGACAGAGGAUUGUAGGAGAGAGUGCGACAUCAGAGUAUUAGUGUGGACUGAAACAACUGCCAGCAAUGUGCUUUUUUUUUAGUUUUAGCAGAGUGAGGACAGCCACCAAGAUAGAGUUCUGAAAGAAUGUACCAGGAGUAUUCUACAACAACUUUUGCCAGCACCUGUGAUUACUGUAAAACCAGUUUAAACUACUUUCCAGCGCAUUUUCUUUUUUGACCUUUGUGACCACGUGUUAAAUGUCUUGUGGAGUGAACCUGUGAUUCCCAUUGAGACAAACAUUUUACUACAUUUUCAACUUAGAUUACAUCUUCAAACUAGUGGUGAUAGUUUGGGAACAUACACCAGGGUGAUGGAGGGGGGCUGAGGGAGGGGGGGCAUUAUUACUUAAGAUUUGCAAUCUGUGAUUGCCUGUGUAUUAUAGAAUGUAGUGCUUUUGUCACUAUAACAGUUUAGUUUUAUCAUUUGUACAAACAUAAUGACAUUACUGCUUGUAUGUAUAAUGGCUUGCCUAUGUAAUCAGACAGGUAUAUUACCAUACUAGACCUACAGUAUGUUAGCUAGUGUUUGGGGGUCUAGAGGAUUAAGUGCAAUCAGAGUAUAUACAUGAGCCGAUUAUUAUUCUUUAUUUAUUAUUAUUUCUGACAAAGGCUAAAAAAAGUAUAACUCGUUGUAAGUAUAUGCAGUGUGGAUACUUCAAAAAAAGCAAUAACAUCUUUGUUUUUUGUGAACCAGAAUUUUGUCAGAGAUUACAUGCCUUUUAGAGUCAAAACCAAUGACUCUCAUCAGAGAGACGACAUAAAAAAUAUAUAUAUUGUGUCAAACUGUUGUAAAAAAUCUCAUUUAGUAGCAUUAUUGAAGGAAACCUGAUUUAUUUUUUUAAAGACUUUUAACGGCAGAUCACUUCAGGUUCAUCUGCUUACAUUCAGGUGUACUAAACUGAAGAGGAAGCUUUAUUUUUUUGAGGUGGUGAAGCACCUUUUGUUUCUGUGUAUUAGAGUUUUCUGUGUGCAUCUGAUAUUUCAGCUGUGUAUCAUUUUUGCUACCUUGGAUUUAAGUGAAAAAUAAAAACACCUAAUAAGG